UUGUAGAUAGAAAACAUUUUGAAAAUUUUAUGAUAUAUAUUUUUUUAUUAACUCUAUAAUUUAUGUAUUUUAAAUGGGCCCAUUUUGACUUUGAGAAAAUAAAAGGCCCAAAUAGAAAGCCUAUAGUUCAUUAGGAAGCCUUCUUUUAGACGGUUUUUCCAGAUCUAGAAAACAAUGCAAUCUUCUCCCAUCUUAUUAGACUUCUCCUCCGCCUUUCACCACCCACGCGCCGCCGCUUUAGCCACCACCUCCGCCGUAACGAUUUCACAGUCUCCGACUAAAUUUUUUCACUCGCUAUCCUCUUUUUCACCUUCCUCGACACUCUUAGCUUCUUCUUCUUCUUCUCGUAGAUGUUUCACCUGCCGAUUUGGCGACGGUUCUUCGCGGUUCGAUUCAAGCGAAGAUGAAACUGAAAUUGAAAUUGAAAUUGAUGAUGAAGAUGAUUAUUGUUUGACAGAUGGGAAGACAGAGGAAUUGAUAGGCGACGAUGGUGUUCUUAUAGAGGUGAAGAAACUCGAGAAGAGCUCUCGUCGAAUUCGUUCGAAGAUUGGAAUGGAAGCGAGUCUCGAUUCCGUUUGGAGUGUAUUGACUGAUUACGAGAAGUUAUCUGAUUUCAUUCCAGGUCUCGUUGUUAGCGAAUUGGUCGAGAAAGAAGGCAAUCGUGUUCGUCUUUUCCAGAUGGGACAGCAGAAUUUAGCACUUGGUCUUAAGUUCAAUGCCAAAGCUGUUUUAGAUUGUUUUGAGAAAGAGCUUGAGAUUUUGCCUCAUGGGAGGAGACGUGAAAUCGACUUUAAGAUGGUCGAAGGCGAUUUCCAAUUGUUUGAAGGCAAAUGGUCUAUCGAACAACUCGACAAAGGGAUUCAUGGGGAGUCUUUGGAUUUACAAUUUAAAGAUUUUCGGACGACGCUUGCAUACACUGUGGAUGUAAAACCGAAGAUGUGGUUACCAGUGCGGCUAGUUGAAGGAAGAUUGUGCAAAGAGAUCAAAACAAAUCUUACGAGUAUCCGAGAUGCAGCUCAGAAAGUUAUUGAAGGUGUUAUUCAUGAUCUUUGAGUUUUCUCCUUUAAGCCAAGCUGAGGUAGUGUACCACUUCUCUGCAGGUUAGAUAUAGAUACAAAUAAGCCUGUAUAAUUUUAAAUCUUAUGUAACUUUACAUUCACAGUUGUUCUCAAUUGUAUAUUCUGAAUCUUGAGGCUUUCAAUAUACCAAGUUUUUUCGACA